AUGAUCCAAGCUGAGCAGCGCGAUGUCGACUGGGGCGAUCGACAGCCACAAGUCUGGCAUGUCCCUGUGCCUGUACCUGUGCGAGCGGCAGGAUCCUCUGGACCGAUGACGUCCCAUGCGCCGCGUCGUAUCCGAGCCUCGACGAUAGACGCGCUUCUUCGUGAUUGGGAAAGUCGUGUCUCGCAGCAUGAGCACGAGUCUGACUCUGGGCCCGUGCUGGACCUUGAGCGUGAAAUCGAGCACGAACUAGACCCUGCGUGGAUUCCCGUGAACGAGGACACGUACACGCCUGCGUUGUUUGCACCGCUUCCAGACGCAUGGAUUGACACGCUUGCUGAGAAGGCAGAAAAUGACGCGUUCUCGUACGAGAUCUCGCCGCACGAUAUGCUGCUGGACCGACUUACUAACGAUGCGGCCGCACCGCUCAUAGUGAGUGCAGACAACAUGAUAGAGACGGACCGAGGCAUAGAAAUGCCAAUCGUUCGCACGAGCCACGAGCCACUAACCAUGCAAAAACAUGCCCCCGUCACCAGUAAGGCAUCCAGCGCGCCGCCUCCGAAGCAAAGCGUUCGAGACCUCUUUGAUUGGCGCACCGUUGCACCAUCUCAGCAAGGUGUUGCAUUGCCAGGACAUGUCUACACACACAUGAUUGGUGAGCGAUGGGACAGCGAGACAUGGGUGGCGAAGCGGCGGAAACCCUCACAGACCCUCUUGUUGCGCACAGCGCACCAAGCAGCGAGAGCCGCUGGACGGCAACGUCAGCACCAUGAGCCACAUCUAUACCCAGGAGAGCGUGCCUUGCUAGACAGCCGAUCACUCACACUUGCUGCUCGGACAUACCAGCAGCAUUGGAGGCAUGUGCUUGCGUAUGAACGGGAGCACCACGAGUCAGAAGUCGACGAGCAGCGAGCCCAGCCGAUCGAAGAGCUCAUCGCGCAGGGCGUAGCGCUCGAUGGACUCAUGGCGUUUUGGCAAAAAGAACGGCACUUUGGCCGGCGUCUCGCUGUGUUCAAGUACCCAGGUUCACGACGGCUGCCGCCACACAAGUUCCAAUCGGGCACCGUGAUCGAUGUGGCGCCAGAUGCACCCGACACACCAGCGGACUGGUAUUUGCCUAAGCGAGCUAGGCGAUUCACAGGCAUCGCGGCGGCGGCAACACCAGCAGCAGCGCCACGAUCGUCCUCGUCGUCGCCCUCGCGCGCUGUCCGGAUUCCGGCUGAGGUGCUGGAUGUGACGUCCACACAGAUGAGAGUGCGGUUCAGCGAGGCAUACGAGCGCAUCGACCUGAGUGCUUUCGACAGCUGGCGCAUAGAUCGCGGAGAAAGUAAUGUGGUGAAUGAGCGGACAGAAGCUGCGCUGGACGCACUUUUGUACUCGCCCGCGGACGUCGUCCGUGCAAUGACACCCGAAAAACAAUAUGCACUAGCAGGCACAGAGCUCCGUGAUGUGCUGACGGGCAUCGCUUCGUGGCCCAGUCCCAUGUACACAUACGAUCAAAAUGCGGAUGGACUCUUUGCCAACGACCAGCGGAUCCGCAGCUGGUACGAGCGGUACGCUAGGGAUGAUCCUAUUCGUAUGGACGGCGACCCUGACCUAAGACUCAACGCGAGUCAGCUUCAAGCUGUCGCGAUGAUGCUCAAGGAGCGCGUAAGCCUCGUGCAGGGCCCCCCGGGCACUGGCAAGACUCGCACCCUCGUCCAGACCGUGUCGCUUCUGAAGAGGCACUUCCAAGUGCCACAUCCGAUCCUUCUUGCGGCCCACACCAAUGUCGCUGUCGACAACCUCGCUGAGGGGUGUGUGAAAGUGGGCCUACGCGUGGUACGUGCUGGCUCAUCGACCGCGAUGCGUGCGAGUCUGGAGCCUGUCUCGUUCGACGCUCAGUUUCAGCAGCAUGCCAACUACCGCAUGCUUUGUGCAGCCGAGAAGAACCUGCGUGAGCAGCAGCAGUACCGUGAUGCGCUCCAAGAGCAGAUCGCGCUCGCCAAGCAGGAUUCUGCAGCGGGCCUGCGCCUCAAGCUCCGGCAUGUGUGCCAAACUGUGACGAAGCUGACCGCCAAGUGCCAUCUCGUGCGGAAUCGCAUGUAUGCAGAUGUACUGCACCGUGCGGAUGUGGUUUGUACGACCGCCGUAGCGGCUGGGUCGUCUCAGCUCGCUACGAUUGACUUUCCCGUCGUGUUUCUUGACGAAAGCUCCAUGGCCACUGAGCCGAUCGCUCUGAUCCCGCUUAUGAAAGGCUGUGCACAGCUGGGCCUCGUUGGUGAUCACAAACAGCUGCCGCCUGUGCUGCAUAGUGCUGACGCGCGACACGCAGGACUCUCGAUGAGCUUGUUUGAGCGGCUCAUGCGCCGCAUGAUCGUGGGCCGCCGCGGCAAGACGGCUGGAAACACCAUAUCAGCGACCGCGGCCUCUCCUGCCGCCGCGCAGGACAUGCGGCCGAUCCCAUCGAUCAUGCUAUCUGAGCAAUUCCGCAUGCAUCCUACGCUCUCGAGUUUUCCGAAUCGGCACUUUUACGACGGUGCCCUGAAGGAUGCGCCUUCAACAAGUGCUAGGCAGCCGUACAACAGUGUGUUUGCUGCACGCAAUGCUCAUGGCGAGGCACUGCCACUGACUCUAGUGACGCAUGCGCCUGUACCAUUCAGCACGGGCCUGCUGACCCGUGGCGUGUCGCCACACAACCAGCCUCAGGCCGACAUGGUGCUGGAGCUGGUCUGUGACUUGCUCGAGCGGAAUCCGUCGCUAUCGGGGACAGAGAUUGGCAUCGUGACGCCGUACGAAGCGCAAGUCCGCUUGCUUCGAAAAAUGCUCGCGGCUGCGGCAGCUGCCGCAGCCGUGGCCAGCCCAGCAACGCCGCCCGCUAGCUUCCCGUGGCUCAGUGAAGACGCCAUGGAUUUUCUUGCUGGCGUCAGCAUCGCACGGGCACACGAGUUGGCUGCGAUCGAGGUGCAUACCGUUGAUGGCUUCGAAGGGCGUGAAAAGCCAGUGAUGAUCUUUAGCACCGUCAAGGCCAGCGGCGGAUCUGUCGAAGGCACAGCGGCUCUGUAUCGAGCGCGGACUGAGCCGUCCGACGAAACAGCAGCACGUCUCGAACAUGUGGCGAAUGUACGCGGGGGCUAUGUGGGAUUCCUUGCAGAUGCACGCCGCAUGAACGUGGCUCUGACUCGUGCGCAGCGGCAGCUCUUUGUCGUGGGCAAUCUCGAGACACUUUUGUGCGCGCGUCUGGGCGAAGGCGGCGCAGAAAACGUCGAGUGCCAGGAUGUGCAUGUGAUCCGGCAGUACGCACGAUGGCUACUCGCGCACGGCUACGUUGUGGACAUGCAAGAUGUACGUGACAGACAGUUGGAUGCACAGCUUAGAUAG